GAGUUCUCGCAUCUCGCACAGCUCGGCUUUCGCCUAGACUGGGCGGACUUGCUCGAGCUUACCGAUUCGUGCGCGCCUAGUCGAAUUCAAGCUGUGCAGUCACUUCUCAGUUCUCUGGCUGCCUUCUUUGCCAAAGCAUUGAUCAUCAUCUCACGGCAUUUUCUUCCACUCGAAGUGAACUGCGGUUCGCACAAUGUUGUCUAUCAGCCGUGUCCCAACAGCCAGCACAGCCGGCGCUGUCUCACCCUCCUCUUCCUCCUCCCGCUCAUCACCCUCCCGUCGCCUUGCCACACACCGACCUUCGCCCACAGCCUCCCGUCACUUCCUCGUCGCGAACCGUUCUGAACCUCGCAAUGUCGGGACCACAUGCAUUCCGUUCCAUCAAGAGCAGCAGCAGCAGCAACAACAAAGGCGACAGAGUCCACUAACCGUGCAUUUUGUCGACCGCUCGUUGCUCUUGCCGCUCCGCGCUCGGCCCCGUUCAAUCGCCACGCCGAACUCCCGUGGCACCGAUCGGCACCGAGCCUCGCCCUGCCGAGCCAGCGGGUCGAACGGCGAGGGCAAAGAGGGACCCACGGAGUACAGCCAGGAGGCGCGCCUGCGGCAGGAGGUGCUGAACCCGUUCCGCACGGUGCGCAUGUUCCUGUACGGCGCGUUCAUCGCGUCCGCGUCCAUCGGCGCGCUUAUCACCGCCACGGCGCUGCUCGCCGUCGCGGCGGGCGCAAGAGACGCGGACCCCGCGCAGAUCCAGGACUCGCUCAAGGACCUCGGGAUUGACGUGGCGGCCGCGGGGAUAUUCGCCCUGCUUUAUCGGUCUGAUGCGCGUGGCAAGGACGCCUCGCUGAACCGCAUCACCCGUGAGGAGUCCCUGGCCAAGCUGCGACUGGAGCUCCCCACGGGGCGUAUUGUCCCCCUCUCACAGCUGCAGGGCUCCUGCCGCCUCAUCAUCGUCGCCGGCCCUCUAUCCCACGUGCAGGCCGCCCUCGCUGCUGCAGAGCCAUACCGCGCUGCGCUGCUGGAGCGAGCAGUCGUGGUGGCCCCGUUUGUCACUGUCGGUGCUGAGGCCGGGGCUGCAGCCGCAGGGAAUGUGCCGCUGCCGGGUGAUUUUAAGGGGUUUGCUGAGGUGGUGGAUCCGUCCUGGGGGGGUGAAGUGGCUACUGCUGCCGCAGAUGGGCUGCUGCAGAGGUGGAUGGGCCGGCCCACUUACACUGAUGAGUGGAACAGAUGGCUGAAGGAACAAAUGAAGUUUGCCAAUGUUGCCCCGGGUUCUCCUGUGUACCUUUCUCUUCGAUUAGACGGGCGAGUGCGAGCUAGUGGAGUGGGGUACCCUCCUUGGAGUGUGAUUGCUGCUCAAUUGCCUCCCAUGAAGGGAAUGUGGGCCGGCCCACUUGAUGGAAUGGAUGGUCGCGUCCUGUAAUCUGAUGCUUUGUCAUGUUUAUUUGCGCAAUCCAUUUGUUUACAACACAUACAGAACUGUGCUUGGCCCAAUGUCGCCUACUCACGUCGACCAUCCCUCAUCCCUCCCACUCUGCCCCCUCUUCCCCACCCGC